AAUAGGUAUUGGUUUUGCGGAAUGACUCUGCAAAUGGCCCUUUUCCCUCCAUGAGAAUCACAGAUCAGAAGCCAGAGGCGGAUCUGCCGGGAAACACUUGGACUGUGGACAGAAGGGAGGCCCCACUCACACACCCUCCUGUGAAAGCAGGAUUACCUCAUCUGAGCUAUGAAUAGAGAUUUUCAGACAGGUUAUGGAGAAGAACAACGGCAUUUUCUAGAAGUCCGAGUGAGAAUUAACAUACAGAAAGCUUUUGGGUUUUUGGGCAGAUCCUUAUAAUAGACAGAAUAAUGUCUGCCAGCAGACCGUUAUGAAGUCAACAACUUUUUUUUUAAAAGAAUAAAAAACAAAAAUAACAAUAAUAAAAAUGCUUAAAACACAUACUUGGAUAAUUUUGGCUACUUGGAGAAUAUGUCGUCAUAAGAAUGUCACUGAAUUAAGUGUAAUAUGAUAAAAAUAGUCUGUGCCGCAGUAUAGCUGCAGCUAGAGGCCCCACACCGGAUGUGCCUUAUAUGGUCAAGACACGCUGCUCUCUGAUUGGCUGCCAACAUUAGCGACAGGGUUGUUGCUGGAGCGCUCUGAGUGGGAGAUCCAUCAUUGUAAUUGACAAGGGAUAAGAAAAAUCACAGUUUUUAAUAGAAAGGGCGCGGUUGAAAUAUCACAAAAAUUAUUUAUUUGUUUAAUUCUCAUCCUUUUGCAUACAUAGUCGUUGAAUAACACUUGAUGAUGUCAAAUGCAGUAUGUAUAUUUGUUGUUUAUUUCUCUCAAUUAUAGGCUAUGUCUCGUGAGGCAAUCACGCGCUUGCAGAUGAACCAUCUUUAAGAUAUAAAUCUCUAUAAUAUGCAUAAAACGCAACCUCACACAGGAAUGCAAAAGACAGACUGCAAACAAGGCACGUAAAAUGACGUAUCUUGUUCAUUCAUGUGAAAGCUGCAGCGUUGUAAUUAUAGAAAAUUACCUCUGUUUACGCAUUGGACGCUUUAUUUCAAUGCCUAAAAUGUUGAAUCAAAGCGAGAAUUGUUUUGAGUCAGGCAUAUCUGUGAAAUGCCGUAUAUAUAUUUGGCUCGUGCUUCACUGUCUCCCCUCAGGAUCAGUGGUACAGUCUCACAAAUUUCAUUCAUAAAAAUCUGCCUCACUAUAAAGAGAAGCAGCGUUGAUGGCUGGUGCCUCCUAGCGUAGUAACCUCAAUCUUGAUUUUAAAAAACCCUGCAGAACAGCAUUUGGUGACAUUAGUCACAUAUUAAUCUGUUUCCCAGCAUCUCCUGGAGCGAUCUAGCAGAAGUGAUGCCUAAAAACGCGAGUGUUUCUCAGGUGUCUGCAGAACAGCUGCUGCACACAUCAGCUUCUGAGAUGAAGGAUACGCAGGUACAAUCAAUUGCAUGUUUACCUGGAAUGUAACCUAAAUGGACUGUUUAAAACAGCUGUGAUUAAUGAUUUAUGCUUAUGCAAUGAUUUCAUAUUUUUUUUGAAUACAACCAAAUGAAUGGUUGUAUAGCAAUUUUGCUACGAACCAUAUUUGAUGAUCACAUUUUCGUGCUUGUUCUCAGGACAGGUAUUCUGAAGGAUGCUGAUGCUCCCUUUGUUCCAACGGUCACUGCUGUAGCUUCAGCUCCGGAUCUCAAGUGGAUGGUCCUGUCAACUGACAUCUCUUCAGUGUCGCCCUGCAGACGCGAGAAACCACAGAGCUCGUCUCACUCCACAGAUGCCAAACCAGCUCAAAAGACCUUCACUGGCCGGAGGAAGGGGGUGAAAGAUCAGCUUUCUCCAGAGGAAGAGGAGAGGAAGAGGAUCAGAAGAGAAAGGAAUAAACUCGCAGCUGCCAAGUGUCGAAAUCGCAGACGAGAACUAACUAACAGCCUCCAAGCUGAAACCGAUAGUCUUGAGGAGGACAAAGCAGCUCUGCAGUCUGAGAUUGCCAGUCUGUUAAAAGAGAAAGAACGACUUGAACUCAUCCUCUCUGCUCACAAGCCCUAUUGUAAACUCACGGAGGAAACGGCGGCAGAGAGUGAGGAACAAACCCAAUCCCAGGAGGAGCAGAUUCAAGCUCCUAAUGUCUGCCCAGAACAGGCACCCACCUCCCCUCAACAGCCCGACCCCACCAGCACUGCGAUUUUUGGCGACUCCGACGUCCUUCUGUGUUCCAGUGCCGAACUGGGAACCGCUGAGGUGGAACCGUACAUUGAUAUGAGAGAUGUGUCCAUGGAAGACAUUAGCGACGUGAUUGACAGCGGGGAUGACAUGGAUCUGUUAGUGCCAGAUAUUGACCUUACUAGCUCUCUGGGCCUAAGCGAAUGGGAAACCCUUUACAUGUCAAUGGGUGGUGGGUUGGAACCUCUCAGCUCGCCUGCAUGCAGUCCCACCUGUAGCAGCACCAACGCUGUGCCCGUCUUCAGCUUCAACAAUACAGAUGUGGAGAAGCAUGACAGUGGAAAAGAGGGCAAAUCUAAUGCAGCCAAAGAAAUCAAGACGACUUUAUGAAGCUUCUGGCACAUCGUUCUUAUAAAGGUUCUAAAAUGGGGUUUUCACAGUGAUGUCUAGGUACUUUAUUGGCAUUUAUGGUUCCAUGAAGAACCUUUCCAUUGUACAAACACUCUUUAUGGUGGUUAAAAGGUUCUUUAGAUGAUUACAUGUUCUUCACACCAAGAAAAAAUAGAUCUUUUAAUAACUGUUCAAUAAAAAAUAGUUCUUCUAUGGCGUUGCUGUGGAACCCCACUUUUGGAUCCUUUAUUUUUAAAAGUGCUGAAGAACCUUUCAGUGAACAGUUCUUUAAAAAGGCUGUUCUUUGUUGGCAUCUACGGUUCCAUGAAGAACCAUUAAAAUCCAUGGAACCUUUUCAUUGCACAAAAGAUUCUUUAUAGAGGAAAAGGGUUCUUUAGAGUAAUAUGUUCUUAAUAUGUUCUAAAAUGUUCUUCAAACUAAGAAAACAAUGGUUCUUUUAACAGUUGUUUGUUGAAAGGUUUUGGACUUCAAAAGACUUUUUUUUUUCCGGCAAUAAAGAACUUUUUGUGGAAUGGAGAGGUUGGAUCUUAAACGUUCUUUAUGGAGCCAUCAAUGCCAGUAAAGAACCCUUCAGAAUGAAAUAAUCUGAUAAAGAAGUGUGCUGUGAAAUAUUGUUGAUGAACCGAAAAGCCCUCAUAAUAAUGUUUUCAUAAAUGAGUCUGACAUGUUCAACAUUUAAAAAAUAUAUAGUGAAUGCUGUGCAGUAGAUGUAAUGUGACCCUUACAUCCAGUGAAGUCACUAUUUGUUUCUUCCAGAUGUUGACAUUGUUGAAUAUGCUGUUCAUCCUGUGAAAGACAUGCGUUCAUGCACUUUUGUACCAGUAUAGGUACGUGUAACUGUAUCAGUUGGUGUGGUGAUGUACAAGUGCAGUCUGUUACACCGUGUCUUUAGUGUGUGACUGUUUUUUUUUUUUUUUUUUUUUGGUAUUGUCAAAAAAAAAAAAAGUAAUCUGACAAUGGUGGCAAAAAAAUAAAAAUAAAAAAUCUUUAUGCAUUU